AGCUCAUUAUAAAAUAUAAAAGUUAAUCGAUGUUUAUAAAUUAUUAUAGAAUAUUUUAAUUUUCUGCUCUCCAGCCCGGAUGAUGGCGAUAACGAGCUGUUCACCGCACGUAAGCAACAGUACAGCACAGCUUUUAUUUUGUUUGUGUGCAACGAAUGAGUCUCAACAACACCACUGAAAACAGGUGCUGGAUAACAUUCGGUCGAGCAGCUGAAAACGCAAUUUUUCAAAUACGAGGGACUGGUCAAAGUUUUAAUUAACCAAACCAUUCAUUGAAGUGGAGUACAAAUGCCAAGCCGAUGCGUUGCUUACGGUUGUGGAAAAUCCAGAGACCAAAAUGUCUCAAUGUUCAGAUUUCCCCAGGAUCCAGAAGAGUUUCGCAAAUGGGAGAAGCAGGUCCAAAAAACACGUCAGAACUGGGUGGCCAAGUCUUUUUCCUAUUUGUGCUCAGAGCAUUUUAGCAAGGACUGCUUUGAGCCUCGAUCUAAUGCCUCCGUUAAGGCAAUGGGAUUUAAAGGGCUGAAGCUAAAGGAGGGAGUUGUACCGACUGUUUUUAUCCGACCAUCCUGUAACUGUGGAGUUAGCGGCGAGUCCUCCUGUCCCAUAUGUACUUCACAGAAUGAACAGAAUCUGGCCUCCUUGAAUAUCAACACGGACACAUUGAAGCAGAAGGAUGGAGAAGAGAGAAUAUUGGAUGAAGCUGACCAUAAUAAACAAUUUAACUCUGGCAAUGAAAGUCUUAAAAGUCAUGAGGAGGACACUGGUGAAACAUUAUUGUGUGAAAUGUGUGGGGCAGUUGGCACCAGGAGCACCUUUUUCUCCAGGUCCAAGCGCUUUUGCAGUAGAUCCUGCUCUCGUUCAUAUUCAUCCAACUCAAAGAAAUCCUCCGUUCUCGCACGACUCCAGGGAAGACCACCCAUGAAAAAGAAAUCCCAAAAACUGACUCCGAAAUCACCAACUGAGGCGUCCCAUUUAAAGGUGAAUGAGCAGCAGCAGGAGAGCAGACCCUUGGGACAAGAUGCUACUUUAGCUGGAUUUGACUGGGGUAAAUACCUUGAGAAAAAUGGCUACCUCGCUGCCCCUGUAUCCUGCUUCAGCCAUGCACCACUCUGUGAACAUUGGGAUGAUAUCUGUGUGGGAUUAAAAGUGGAGGUUUUGAACUCUUACACAGCCUUGUCUACUAAAGUGUACUGGAUUGCAACUAUAAUACUGCUGGCAGGUUAUAAAGCUCUUUUACGCUAUGAGGGUUUUGAGGAUGAUGAUAGCCGUGACCUUUGGUGUAACUUGGGGACAGCUGAUGUUCAUCCUAUUGGCUGGUGUGCAGUGAACAGCAAACUUCUUGUCCCGCCACAAGAGAUCCACCAGAAGAUCAAAGACUGGAAAACUUACCUGAUGGAGAGAUUGGUUGGAGCGCACACACUUCCUGUCGACUUUCACGUCAAGAUGGCAGACAGUAUGAGGUGUCCGUUCAGACAGGGUGUUAGGGUGGAGGUGGUUGAUCGCUCGCAGGUGAGCCGUACGCGGUUGGCAGUGGUGGAUACAGUGAUAGGAGGCCGACUCAGGCUGCUGUACGAGGAUGAGGCGCUGAGACCUUCAGGGGAGGUGCUCUCAGAUUUCUGGUGCCACAUGCAAAGUCCUCUAGUGCAUCCUGUGGGCUGGUCUGCAAAAGUGGGCCACACAAUUAAACAGACAGAUGUGAACGUCAACAUGAGCACCCAUCCUACAUUUCGCAAAGCCCUUCAAGACAGUCUGCCACAUCAGUUCAAGAAGUUAAGGAUCGUUUACAUGGGAGAAACAUAUUUUGAGGAAGGCAUGAAACUUGAAGCAAUUGAUCCUCUGAAUCUCGGGAAUAUUUGUGUCGCUACAGUUCGUAAGGUGCUGUUAGAUGGAUACAUCAUGGUUAGCAUUGACGGUGUCGAGAUUGGUGAUGGUUCUGACUGGUUUUGCUACCAUGCUAGUUCACAUGCCAUCUUACCUGUAGGAUAUUGCCAGGACAACAACAUACCUCUUACUGUACCCUCUGGUUAUCAUCAAGCAACUUUCAAGUGGCCAAAAUAUUUAGAGGAAACAGAGUCUGUUGGCGCUCCAGGAAGACUUUUCAACACGGAUGCUGUAGGUCACGGCUUUAUCCCAGGUAUGAAGCUGGAGGCAGUAGACCUUAUGGAGCCACGGCUGGUGUGCGUGGCCACUGUUAGGCGUUGCGUAGACCGGCUUCUCCUCCUACACUUUGAUGGCUGGGAGUCAGAGUUUGACCAGUGGGUGGAUUGUCACUCACCUGAAAUUUAUCCUGUAGGCUGGUGUGAAAUCACUGGCUACCAACUGCAGCCACCCAUUGGGCCAGAACCCCCCCAGGGUCAGGAACGACCCAACCCAAGCAAAAAGCCAAAACCUUACAUGGGAAAAAGGAGACGAAGAUUUGCAAAGAAAAAUGUAAGCAUUAAAAACCCAUCUAAAACCCAGCUUCCUCAACCUAAUGAGAAUCCAGAGACUAAGCUCUCAAAAGAGGAACCAGACCCCUCCGUCAUACCCACUACUUUACGAAUAAAGACAGAACCACAGGAAGACGUUAUUGCAGUAAAAGUGAAAGUGGAGGACAUGGAAACCCCAAUAUUACCCAGCACAGACGGCAAAGUAAACAAUGACCUGGUGGCCUUCAAAACUGUCAAACAAGAAGACCUCUCAGUUUAAAACACAGCCUGUACAGCUAUAUGUUCUUUAUGGAUCACUACACUUUUUU